UUAUCACGAGUAAUAUAGAGAACUGUUCAUUUCCGAGAAAGUCAGUCUGCAAGUCUUCCAUUCCAAAGUUGAGAAUUGACUGGAAAUCAAUUUUGAAAGACACCGGAAAAGGAUUCUGUUGCGGAAGUAAACCGGAAGUGACGCAAACAUCCACUUGAACCAUGCGUGAAUGGAGGUGACCUUACUUAUCAUCAACUUGUGAAGUAAAGGAACUUGCGGUGGACAUUACAAGUCAACCCAGUCUGGUUUAGAUUCCAAACGUGACUUUGCUGUGCGAGCAGGACGAACUGAGAUGGCAGAGGCACACCAGGCACGUGUGCAAAAUGUGGUGGAAGAAAUGGUCCAAAUCCUGGAGAGGGACAACAUCCGUGUAAUGCAGGCAGGUGUUUUUAUCUGUGGAAACAUAAUCUGCGCAUGUAUUGCUUUGUGUGUUUCUACCACACUGAUCUGUGCAGCACCCGUGUCCAUCGUGUGUGUAUGUGUGUUCUCGCUGCAGGGUCGCAUGUUCAGCUGCAGUGCAGACUGCUGUGAUCGUUCCACGGACUCCAUGUCGGUGGUGCAUCGGUGCAUCGAGAGGUGUCACACGCCUCUGGCCCAAGCUCAGGGACUGGUCACUUCAGAGCUGGAGAAGUUUCAGGACCGUCUGAGCCGAUGCACGAUGCACUGCAAUGAUAAGGCAAAGGAUCUGUUUGACUCCGGCGCUAAAGAGCCGGCUGUUCGAUCCCUGAUGGACAGCUGUGUGGGCAGUUGUGUGGACGACCACAUAAACCUGAUUCCCAGCAUGACCCGAAGAAUCAAAGACAAUUUGAACUCUAUUCAGCAGUAAGGAGAGGGAUGGAUAACUGCAGUCUGUCCUGGAGACUCAGUCUGAGGUCAUUACACAUGCAGAAGCUCAGGGUCACCCAACUCAGCCAGUAUGACCAGUAAUAACUGAAGAAUAGAGGUCUGUAAUACCAUGAAAGAAUGGAGAGUGAAGUUUAACAUGGAUUGUGCGAUACAAAAGAGUGACUCUAAAUGCUGCUGUAGUGGAGGUUUAAAACUCCCCACUGUCAGAUUUGUUUUCUUACUAUGUGUAAUCUACAAACUAGAAUCUCCCUGUAAAUGAGGAACUGAACGUUUUGUUGGGUUUAGGUUUGGAAAACCAGGUGUUGAAUCUGGUGGCGCAUUCUCGUUUAUGAACAAGAUGCCAACUCAAACACGCAUUGAGGAAGAGAAGUGUGUAUUAACAAAGAUAAAUAGGAAAAACUCACUCGGUAUGUAUCCGAGUAUCGCAUUUUAUAAUACCAGAAUAGAGUGCACCACCGAACAGUCCACAUGUGGAUCUAUUCUUGCAUUUUGAAUGUACUCAAUGUUCAACUCUUUCUGACCUUUCUCUCGUGUGAGCCUUCUCACCUCUUGUUCUUUAUUUUUUUGUCAUUACAUUGUUGAGUUCUGUGAUUGUCUUACCUCAAGAUGUGUGUUUAUAUAUCUGUAUUAAAAUUAUUGUAGCUGUA